GCAAAUUCGUUCCUUUUGAGGAAUAGUUCUUUUCUGGUUCUUUUGUCGAAGUAGUUCGUUCGUUUUAGCUUUUGCAGAAGAAAAAACAGUUAAAGUUUUAAAUGUUUAUCUUAUUUCAUGGAUUUAUCGAAAAACUUAUAUUAAUACAAGAUAGAAAAGGGAAAAAAUAUACGUAGUUUACAAAAAAGAAAGAUAGGCAAAUAUGGUUGUUCUUUUUCGAGAAUAGUUGGAAUGAGCUAGAUAUAGUUAAUGCUUUAAUAUAAAAGGCAAUAUUUAAUCCAUAUUUGUUUUUCUAUAUUUGUGGUUUUUUUAAAUAUAUUUUUUCCUUGAAAGUGAAGCAUUUUUUAAAUUUUUUUUGAAAUUGCAACCUCAUAUAACCUUUAAGAUUUCGGAAAGUUCUAGAAUCUAUUCGACUGUCCGAGAACCGCAUCUAUAAACGGUCUGAUAUAUUUUUCGAACUUUUUCUAUCCGAUUUUCCUGCCUCUAUUGAACGGUUUCAUCUCAACAAGAUGGUGACUGCAGAGGAAGACGGGUCUGUGGACGUCACGCCGGCCAAAGACGGAGGAGUGCUGAAGAGAGUCGUGAAGGAAGGGUCGGGCGACACUACACCGGCGAAAGGGUGCAAUGUCUACGUCCACUACACGGGCAAGCUCACCGAUGGCAGUGUGUUCGACUCAAGCCGGGACCGUGGGACGCCGUUCGACUUCCAACUCGGGAAAGGCAAAGUGAUCCGAGGAUGGGACAUUGGAGUCGCAACAAUGAAGAUCGGGGAAGUGUCCGUACUCACAAUCCGUGAGGACUACGGCUACGGUAAGUCAGGAAGCCAGCCAAAAAUCCCCGGUGGGGCCACACUCAUUUUCGAGAUCGAACUGCUCGACUGGGAGCCUGAAGACUUGUCCGGGAAGAAGGACAAAGGAAUACUGCGCUACCCGAUCACAAACGGGACUAACUUCGAGUCACCAAAGCCAAUGGCUGAAGUCGAGAUACACCUGAAGGGUGAAUAUGAAGGGAAAGCGUUCGACGACCGGGAUGUCUCAUUUAUGCUCGGCACGGGCUCAUCUUUGGACGUCCCACCUGGCGUUGAAAAGGCCCUCGAACACUUCACACUAAAUGAGACAUCGAGGUUGGUACUCACACCAAAAUACGCAUUCGGCUCGGUCGGAUGCAAGAAUCUCAACCUACCUCCAGAUGCUUCACCUACCUACACCGUAACUCUGAAAAGUUUUCAAAAGAUUAAAGACCGUUGGCUCAUGGAUCCCGAAGAGUUGUUAUCCGAGGGGAGAAGGUUAAAAGAAAAAGGGACAGAAUAUUUGAAAAAAUCCGAUGUUAAGUUAGCAUUAAAAAUGUAUAAACAUAUGGUCAAAAACUUAGAUAGUCCGUUGACUGAUGGAGACGGGGAGGAUGAGAAGGAAAGGAAGGCACUGCUCGCCGCCGGCCAUUCGAACAUCUCCUUGUGCAACCUAAAACUGAACCGACCAAGGGAUGCCAUACACAGCUGCAACUCCGUCCUCGAGAUCGAUGAGAAAAAUGAGAAGGCCUUCUUCCGCAGGGGGCAGGCAUAUUUGGCAGUUGGUGAACCGGAGAAUGCGAAAAAGGACUUUGAGAUGGUCGUAAAGCUUGAGCCAAAUAACAAAGCGGCCAGCGCGGCCAUCCUACAGUGCACCAAGAUGCAGAAGGAGUUGAAAGAGCGCGAGAAGAAGAUGUACGCCCACAUGUUCGAGAAAUUUGCCCAGAAGGAUCGUGAGUGGAGGUUUGGAUGGCUUGAAGGCGAGAAGCCAAUGGUUGAAAUGGCACCGGAUAACCCGGAGCUGGCGGCAGAGAAGAGGAAACAGAUUGAGGCGAAGAAAAAGUUCCUCGACGAAGCCGCCAGACGCCUAAGGGAAAAGAGGGAGGCGGAGGCAUCCGCGGGUGGUCACGAGGGAGGGGAAGAGGCAGCCGAACCGCCUGAGGGCGAAAACAAUACGAAUGCGACAUAAAGAAGAAGAAGAGAGGAAAAAGCAGCCGGACGUCAUGAAGGGCUGCUUUGGCGAGUGGGGCGCAGACGAGAGGGAACGCGAACCGACCGACUUCGAGAAGGAGAACCCCGACAUUCU